CUUUUCUUAGUUUCCGGUGAGUGUGUACUCCGCGUUUUUCCACUUAAAUUUAAUUUUUACCGAAAUAUCCUUGAAUUUUCGACUUGAAUUAUAUAAAGAUGCCCGAACUGACCGAAAUCAAGAGUGAGGCUGCGCCCUCCACCUCCGCUGAGGCGAAACCCGAGGACGUCCGCGUCGAAGAUGAUGGCAGCGAUAGCGACUCCGAUGGCGGCAUGCCCGACCUUGAGGAGGCUGUAGCGGCCACCACACAGCUGGGCGGAGGAGCCACCGGUCUGCCCAUCGACCUCGUCUCGAAGGCCAAGCAGUCGCGCGGCGAGAAGAAGGCCAGGAAGAUCAUGCUGAAGCUGGGACUUAAGCAGAUCCAGGGCGUCAACCGGGUGACGAUCAGGAAGUCGAAGAACAUCCUGUUCGUGAUCAACAAUCCGGAUGUGUACAAGAACCCCCACAGCGACACCUACAUCGUGUUCGGUGAGGCCAAGAUCGAGGAUCUGUCGCAACAGGCCCAGGUGGCUGCCGCCGAGAAGUUCAAGGCUCCGGAGUCCGCUGGCGCUGCCGACAGCGUGGGCGCCACCACAUCGGUGGCUCCGAUUGUCGAGGAAGACGAGGAGGAGGUCGAUGACACCGGCGUGGAUGAGAAGGACAUCGAACUGGUCAUCACGCAGGCCAACACGACGCGGCCCAAGGCCAUUAAGGCCCUGAAGAACAACAACCAUGACAUCGUCAACGCCAUCAUGGAGCUGACUAUGCUCUAGAGCGGGCUUCAGCGUUUGCUGCACUCUUGAUUUUGUUGUUUACCCGCCUUUCGAUAGUACUGACCCAAAUGUUGUGUAUGCCCCUCAAGGGCAGCAUGUUACACCAGUCAAACAUUUAAUUAUAUUUCAAAAGAUUAUUGAGUAAAUAAAAGUGAAUUUCUUUCAAA